AUGUCAGGACGUGUUAUGUUAGACGUCUUGAGAACUGCAUCGCCAAGAGCAGAAGUAAACAAAUUUGUAGAACAAAACGGAGAAGCGGUGGCGAACGAGAUAUCCUCUGAAGAACCGAAAUCCCUGACAACCAUUAAAUCCAAGCCGAAAACGGCGAUAGAGAACAGAAGAUAUUCCGAGAGCGACGUGACUAGUGAAUCAAUCAUUCUACCUGAAGGGAGACUUGCAAAAAUUCCACGCGAACAAGAUUUGAAAUUCCUGGAUCCCAUUAUGUCUUUAAGUUUUUGCAUCGAGUUCUCAAGUUCUUGCAACAAUCGUACGAAUGUAGCGAGAAGAUUGGCGGAAGAAACUGACAAAAGAAUCCAAGAAAUCGACGAAAUGUGGUUGUCUGAGUAUGAACUACUUGCAGAAGAUGAGAAGAAAUUGUAUCUGGAACGUACUUUGCCGAUAAAGAAGCAAGAAGCGCUACAAAGGCGAACGGAUUUUCUACAACAGAUGACAGAGCUAAGGCGAAGAAAAAAAUCAUUGCCUGAAUCUUCCAAGUCGGACACCGCGAAAAGUAGGAGAACGAAUAAAAUAACGAAGAGCGAAAAAUUCAACAAUCGGGAGGAUAAAUCUCGCGCUCCCAAAGCGCCAGUUGGCAAGAAAGCGAUUCCAAAUCUUAAAGAUCUGAAAAACAGCGACGACGAGAAACCAGAGAAGCGGGAAAUGUCGGAAGAAUUGGAAAAUAUUGCUAAAGCUAUGGACGAUUACCGCAAUAAUCUUUCGGCCAUAGAAAACAUCAUCAAAAAUUGGGAUCCUCUUAGGAAGGCAAUAUUUCACGCGAUCUUAUCGUACUGCGCACCUUCGUAUAAAUUAUUAAACUGGGAGUUAUAUAGGUCGUCAUCGAUUUUUAGGACUCGCUCACGCUUUGUAUUUCCGAUGAGCCUGCUGUGCGGAAACUCCCGCUAUAAUUUAUUUCCGCAGACACACGCGAGCGAAUUUCGUAUCUGGUACGUAAAUGCCACGGAUCCGUGGGACCGGCUGAUGUACGACGUGCUGGUUAACCAGAUGAGCGAAAAUAGCUCGGCCAGAGAAACUCUUCCCGUGGAAAUUUCGCCAGAGCCGGAUCUCCAGCCGAAGAGAUAUUACAUUCUCAAGCCGAGUGACAUACGGAAACGAGAUGUUGGCAAUGAUGGAACCUAUCGAAUCGUCUCGUUGUGCGCGAUGCGCGAGCCCACGCUCGCUGGGAUCGAUUCUUCGAGAGCGAACGCGCUUGAUAACCAAGAGAAUCACGUCGAGAAGGCGAAACGAAGAAAACGAUCGCGUCUCGCCGGUAAAACCGCGGACGCUGUGUCGUUGAACGCAUCCACGAUCGGGAGCAAAGACACCGUCGAAUCCAACAACGCGAAUACAACAAUGCUCGAGGAGACGCUGAAGCCACGAUGGAUCUUGCAGUCCGGCGAGAGUCAGAAAUUCAAGAUCCGAUAUCAACCCGAGGAAAUGGGAACUCACCGACACACAUACGCGUUAUCCGUCAUCGACGGCGAUGAUAUAACUUACGAGAUCAAUGUUAGCGGAAUCGCGGAUGUCCCCGGCCUGGAUAUGAAUCCUAAUGUCGUCUUUUCAAAAGUGGAGGAAUCGAAGAUCGCCGAAAUACAUGAUCCUGCGUACUUCUCCGACACUGGUGCUUACGAUUUCGGUUCCUUGCUGGUGUUUCGAAAGGACAAGAGUGAACAUCGUCGCGAGGCGGAAUUCAAAUUCCGCAACGUAUCCAAGGUUGAUGCGGAGGUGUGCUUCUACUUAGAGGAAAAUAUACCGGAUAUUUUCAUCCUGGAAGAAGAGAAGCUUCACAUUCCAGCUGGACAGCGCGGAUCGCUGAAGAUAUCGGCAGGCGUCACGAAACUCGGCUCAUUUACCGACAAGCUGCACAUAUGCGUGACGAAUAAUCCUCACGUCGAUACAAUCCAGCUUCGAUGCAGCGGCUCGAAAUUGGAUAUCGAACUCGAAGACAAACAAGUGUCCUUCGGCCAAGUGCUCCUGUAUAGGAGAGACUUUCUCACUCGUGCCAUUCGAAACAGAUCCCCGGUUCAGAUCCUUUGGCGUCUAAUGCCCGAUGAAUCCUUAGAUCCUCAAAUAUCAUUCGCCCCGAUCAGCGGAAUCGUGAAAGCCGGGAGUGAUCAAGAGAUUGAAUUUUGUUACCAUGCCAGCAAAGUUGGAGCGGUCGACGCGAGUUUGACUUUCGACGCUUUCUUCAUCGACGAGAACGAUGUGGAAUCGAUUUUUACGGAAAGCCUCUCUCUAUCUGGCGAAACGUACGACGUGGCUGUUGACAUUAAUCAUGUAAAUCCAAUUGAUUUAAAGUACGUGAAAGUUGGUUGUCCCACAAGUGCAAACUUCACAAUAAGCAAUCGGGGAAAUUACGAAGUAAAAUAUGUUAUACUUCUGGAUGAGCCAGACAAGCUGGCUAUGAUCGCACAGGAUUUGUCUGCCAAACUGAAAGAAAAUAUCGAAAUUAGUCCUGCGUCUGGUUUCAUCGAAUCGCAGAAAGAGGCAACCGUACAAAUAACUUUUCGACCAAGAAACGAAAUUACGCUGAAACAGUGUCCGAUACUUCAAUGUCAUCUUCUUGAUAUAAAUAAACAAGCUGCCAUGGUUGCGAAAAUUCCACUGACUGUUUCUCUAGUUGCUUAUUACACUAGAUUCCGCGUUUUUCCUUACCCCGAAAUUAAUUUCGCCUCUCUCGCCGUGUGCACCGAAGAGACGAUGUACUUGCAUGUGGAAAAUAUUGGACAGUUCCCUCUUCAUUAUUUCAUCCAGAAGACACCCAUUGAACACCCGUCGGUCACCUACAUGACGCAGAUUAAGAAGGAGAACAUAAUCCAAAAAGAUUCCGACAAAAUGACAGAUAAUUUAGACAGCAAGGAUAAAAAGCAGUCGAAAAUUCCAGAAUUUACGACCAAGUUGCAAGUCGGUCCUUUUACCGUAACCAAGACCGAGGGAGACGUCGCGCCAGGUAUAGUCGAUACUGUAACAAUCGAAUGCUACCCGGAAUUCGUUGGGUCGCAAGAAGAGCAAAUACUAAUUUUCGUGCCAGACAGCGUGCCCGAGGAUCGAAGCGGCAAAUUAGUAACGCUUUCCGUAAACUCUUGCCUACCUAGCGUCGACCUUUACAAUCUUGACGCCAUGUUCCGUGAAAAUUACAUAGUGAAUCGUAUCCAGGAUUUCAUCUGCCCAAAAGAGAUUGACGCGCAUACUAUAUUCGCUCGUCAAGAGAGACGUCUGUAUUUUCGGCACAUCAAAGUGUAUCACACCCAUACAACGUAUUUCGAGCUUUACAACCGAAACGUUAUACCUGCCAACGUAGAAAUUACCUUAUACAAAGAAUCAUCUUCACCGGUCAUCUUUCAACCCGACGCGUUCGUAGUGGCACCCGACAAACAAAGCAUCCCUCCGAUGAGCCAGAAAAAAUUUGCCGUGACGUUUAAGCCGACGUUACUAGAGACGAGUCACGCGGUCCUCGGGAUAGAGGUCGAGCAGCCGUCGCAUUUGAAGGACGAAAAGUUCUCCGUUAAAUUAACGGGACAAGCUUGCGUGCCAGAAGUGACGAUAGUAGAGCCGCCGAAUGGAAAACGAGAACGAGCUGUGCUCAACUUCGGCCGUACGCUCGUAAAUGAUACCGAUACGAAAAGCUUCGUCUUCCAAAACGUCGGUGUAGUAUCGGCGAAAGUGAUCGUCGAGAUUUACGAGGAUCCGAAAUGCCUCUUCACUAUCGGCUCUCACGACGAUAAUGACGAGGAUUCGACGGAUGGACGGGAUUACGGAGCAGAGCGAACGUUGGGUGGUAAUCGAUGCCUCGUGGUUCACUUAACGCCCGGACAAACGGUUUCGCUUGACGUGAAAUUCAGCCCGCGGGAGGUCGGCAAGUACGUGGGCUUGGUGCGAUUAUUUGUAGCUGAUAAUCCCUACGAGAAUCUGACGAUCGACCUGAAGGCUGAGGUAUACGCGGAAUUAAUUGUACUGGAGGGGCUGAAGCUCGUGAGUGCAAAGUCCACCGUCGUUGUCAACGAGAGACGGGAAUCAAAUUUCAGAUUGCGAAGAUCGUCUUCACGGUCGGACAGCGUGACGGGAGUCUCGUUAUCAACUGCGCUACCGGUCUCGUUGACCUACAAAUUGGAGUACGGAUGCUGCUUCGUUAACAAGAUAUACAGGAAGAGCUUCAAGAUCACCAAUAAAUCGGCGGACCGGCAUUUGCGAUUCCAAUGGGGCGCGCAUCCCAACGUUGUAUUCACUCCGUCCAUCGGUCAUCUCAAGAGUUCGACUUGCAAGGAAAUCAUCGCGACGUUCCUCUCCUCGGAACCGGCGAGCUACGUCGAUACGCGUCUCGACUGUACGGUCUGUGCGAUCGAGCUCGUCGAUCCCGCGAAAGAACCGUGUUGGGACGAUCGGGAGACGGAGGUGUGCUGGGUGGCGAUAAAUUCCAACGAUGGGGCCGGCGAGCAAGGAACAAAUGAGGGAACGUUCGCGAGAAAAGCGGUCGAGCCCGUUAACGAGCCAAGCCACGAGAUCGUACCUGGCACGACGAAGUACAUCCAAGUGUUGCUUAACGCGACCGUGGCAUUCUCCAAGUACUCCUGCCUCGUUAAGGAGAUCAAUUUCAAGGACACGUUAAUGUUUCAGACGCGCGAGUACGUAUUCACUUUCUCGAACACCGGCACAGUCGACGUGGAGUACACGUGGCAGAUAAAUAUGGACGAGCAGUACCCGACGAGACGGACCGCAAAUUAUUCGCGAGCCACGCCGAGACCACCACGAGCAGAUGCGAGGUCCGCGACUAAUUUGUCCGCACGCCCGACUCACGACAUCGUCGAGAUAAAAGCAUUUGCCAAAGCUUGCGUCCCGUCCGAUCUCUUCAGCAGCAGAGCCGGAUUGACAGAGCGCAGUAGCGACAGUUGGUUAGAGAGCGACGACUUGCCGUUCGGGAUUCAGCCCGAAAAAGGAAUCCUGCCGCCGGGUGAAUCGGCAGAAUUCACUCUGCGAUUCUCCCCCAUGGAUGUGUUCGACUACAGAGCGUGUCUCAUUUGCAAAGUGGAGAAUCCCGACCCGAGACUGAACGAGUUGGCGAUUCCCAUUGCGGGAAGAAGUUUGCUGCCGUACUGCCACUUUGACGUACCGGAAAGCAACUAUCCGUCCGACGGUAGGCGCGACGCGAAACUGCCAGGACCCAUCGAUUAUCAAGCGGCAGGUGAUGGUUCGCUUCCGGCAGAUACGAGAGUAAUUGAGUUCCACGUGGUCGGUGUCGGCGAGACUCACGUGAGAAAGUUUCGAAUGUUAAAUCCAACAUCGGACGAUUAUCGUUUCGCAUGGAGUGAUCGAACCCGUCACGCGGAAGGCGAGAUUCCGAAUUUUCACUGCGUGUUGCCGGAGGGAGUCGCCGAGCGUGGAAAGCAUGUUGAGUUUGCUUUCGCAUUUCUCGCAGAGCGCGUCGGCACCUUUGAGUCCUUUUGGUUAUUUUCCAUCGAGAAGUACAACUUGCAGUGCCUCUUCCUGAUAGUAGCGAUCGUCAGAGAACCGUCUGUUUAUUGUCCGCUUGUUUACCUGAGGACGAGACCGACUGUACUGGGUACCAACGUACGGGACUCGAUACGUAUAAUCAACGACGAGGGAUUCCAGAUGCCCUUCGAAGUCACGCGCGACUCUUUGUAUUCCGAGGGAUGCCUGCAGUACUUGAAGAUAACGCCUAUGAGCGGAAUUUUAAAUGCGAGGAGCGAGAAGAUUCUACGGCUCGAGUAUCAGCCCACUCUGGUCGGUGAAUUUCAAUUCCCUGUAAAAUGCGCCGUGAAGAAAAUGAAGGCGCCGCUCACCAUCCUCGUUACGGCGAUUACGUACGACGUCGUGGUGUCGGUUACCUAUGUCGACCGGAACGGCCGGCUCGUGCGACUCGAGCAGGAUCAAGAAAAUAUCGUCGACUGCGGCAGACUAAUGCUGAAAGUGCCCGUCGUGAUCACGUUCGAAAUAACGAACUCGAGCGAAAUGACAAUUUAUUAUUCCUGGGAUCUCGGCAUGACAUCGGAAAUAGUUAGUAGAAACAUGUACACGCUCGCAGUGUCCGAAAAGCAAGGUCACGCGACCAGCGAGUCGCGAGUCGUCUGUCGUCUCACCGUAACAGGGUUGAGAAAAACAGUGGUAAAAGGUCAUCGCGCCCUGUUGAAGAUUUCGAAAGGGCCGACGUACCGAUUAAGCCUGAAAGCGACUGCAAAUAAGCCGUCUCUGGAGUUCAGUUUCAAUCAUCACGAUUUCGGACCUUGCUACGUGCAAGACACCUUCGCCGCGGUUCAGCAUCACGUCGAUCUACGUAUUACGAAUUUCGACAGUGUCCCGUACAUGUUGGAAUGCGAAUUCGAGGAGAAGCCGCACAUCUCUGUGACCCUUGACGCCCUUUCGGAAAAGAUAGCUGCCCGGUCGAACGUCGUCAUCCCGAUAAGAUUUCGCCCAUUGGAACGGAUGUGCUAUCGCGACAAGCUGCGCUUCACAAUCGACUCGGCGAUUGAGAAGGAAAUCACUAUUACAGGCGAAGGAAUCGCGUAUAAGGUGCGUCUGGUAAACACGUGCGACAAGUCGGUGGAUCUUGGUAAUCUAUCAAUUAAUAAGACGAUCAUCAAGAAAGUGCCGGUGAUAAACGACGGACGUGCCGCGCUCGAGUUGCGGUUCGAUCUAACGAAACGCCUGUCAGGAUUCGAGUCUCGCAGAGGAAUUCAAGCGUGUCGGGAGAGAAGCGAUCCCGAGGACUCCGAGGUGGAUCGCACGCGUGCUUCGGUCACAGAAAUACAAAGCGCAGACACAGACGAGAAAGCUCUCCAGAUAAUAGAACCCGACCUGUCGUCCGAGGUUCUCAAGAUCGAACCAGCAGGAUCGAUCGUUCUGCGGCCAGCAAAAAUCGUCCAUGUCAUUGUUAAAUACAAGCCCACGCAUAGAAUGCGACCUUUCGUCGCUCAGGUGGCAUAUCAGGCCGACUUCGUCGUUCAACCGUUAUUCACCUUAUGCGGCAGUUGCAUUGGAAAGGAUUUCCGUCUCAGCAAGACCCACCUUUCCUUCGGAUUUGUGGUACAAGGUUGCACAGAUGAGACGAAGAUUGCGCUGUUGAAUACGGGGGAAAUUGGUGCAAGAUUCAAGUGGAACACAUCGAAAUUGCCACGGGAGUUCAGCAUCGCUCCAGCGGCCGGCUACUGCUCUCCCGGCAUGAGCGUCAACUUCAUUGUCAGUUUCCGACCUACUCGGCAUGACAGGUUGAUCGAGGGCGAUGCGUUGCUCGAAAUCGACAAAUACGGUGUCCUCGGCGUAAGGAUCACAGGAAGUUGCCGCAAGCUGCCAGAGCCCAUUGACACUUUGUUUUUCACGUGUCACGUGCGCGAGAAAGUGACAAAGUCGUUGAGCGUCGAGAAUGACACCGGCGUUCCAUGGCGAUUGAAGCCGGAGAUCAACGGCGACUAUUUCACCGUUGACGAGGUUUUACACGUGCCGCCGAAGAACUCGGCUCCAUGCGCAAUUACCUACGCCCCUCUAGUCAUGAGCAGCGACAGUAAACCGCAUAAGUACAACAAGUCGAUAAGCGUGAUAUCUUUUCGUAAAUUAUCUCAGGGUACCUUGCUCUUGAGGCUGCCGAGCGAUAAAGCGCCUGUGGCGUACGCUCUUAAGGGACUGAGUGUAGCUCCGCAAGUCCUUCGCAGGAUCACACGUCAGUUCCCGGCGAAGACGAAGUUUAUCGAGCUCUUGCCUGUCUAUAAUUGGACGGAUAGGCAGCAACUGUUCGAGUGCAAGAUCGAAAAUUUGGACGCCGAGGCUUUCAAUGCCAUCACUUUCGUCGGUAACAGCAAGAUAGACGUGCCGGCGAACAGUCAGCGAGAUUACCGCGCGGAGUUUUACUCCUACAAGGAAUCGAGAUGCAACUUUAAGGUAACGUUUACCAAUCAAGAGGGAGAAUAUGAAUUUUACGAGUUGCAAUACAACAUCGCGCGGCCCGAGGAGAUCGAAUCGAUCAAGCUAGUCACUGCGGCGCGAAUUCCGGUGUGCUACGCUUUGAGGCUCGAUAAUCCACUCAAACAACAAGGGAUAACGUACAAGGCGACGUGUCAGCACCCAUACGUCACGAUCCAUGACGUACCGAAGACGGUGGCGCCUUUAUCCAGCAAAACCAUCGAUCUGGAGUAUCAUCCUGUACAUCCUAGCGAUGAAACCGUGGUGAAGCUGGACGUUUAUUGCGACAAACUCGGCCUGUUCCCGUAUGAAUUGCGAUUGAAGGCCGCGCCAGCGCCCGCGGAGGAGACCACGCGCGUCAUCGCGAUGCUCGGCGGCAAUGUUACCUUCUCCUUGCCCAUCAGAAAUAUCACGAGAAAGAACGCUGUGUUUACGAUCAAGGUGGACAACGAGUGCUUCGAGGCCUCGAAGAAGAUCGAAGUGCCGGCCUUGAAGAGUACCUUGUUUAACGUGACUUACGAGCCGAGCGACGUCGAUAAUAUUUUCGCCACAUUAAUAGCCACUUCCGAGAUCGCCGGGGAAUUUUUAUUUCCACUCGUCGGCACGUAUUCAUUACCGAUACCUCGAGGACCCUAUGAAGUUGCUUGCAACACACCGGCUCUUAUACCAUUCAAAAAUAUAUUCAGAAGUGUCCAAUCGUUCGAGAUCGUCCUAGACGAUCCCAAAGCUUUUAGCACAAAGACGUCGUUAUUAAAUAUGAAGGAGAAACAGGUGGUCGAUAUCGCUGUUAGUCUAAAAGAUAUUUCAAGAGAAGGAAAUGAACUGAAAAACAGCUUCACGAUAACUGGAAAGCUUCUGGUAUAUUGCACGGAUCCAAAGAUAUCUGACAUCAAUUGGAUUUAUUAUUUAAGAGGUAUACAUGAUUGA